CCAGCUUUCUCUCUUAUCCCAUGAGGAACCCAAGACCUGGGUUCAUGAAACCCAAAUCUGGGUUCCUCACGGAACCCAAGUCUUGGGUUCCUCAUGGAACCCCCUUACUGGGUUCGCGAAACCCAGUUGCUGGUUUCGCGAAGCCCGCAAGGAGCUUGGAUUCUUCGAACUCUAGGAUCUUCGUUCAAUUUCUGUUUGUUUUCCUUUAGUUAUUUACCUUCUUUCUUUUGAUUGAAACGCAUUCUGUAAUUUAGAUCGUGUUUUCUUUGAAUGUGUUACGAAAUCGUGUUCGGUUUUGGUUGAUUUGCUGUAGAAUAGCUGGAAGUAUAUGGAGAUUGAAUUUGGAGAGUGUUUUGAGUUGAUUAAGAGUGAAGAACCCAUGAACAAUGAAUUCAGGUCACACCUGGGUUCAUUACCUGGAUUGGAGCUGGGUUCUCCUGGCGGUAAAAGAAAAAAAAAAGAAAAAAAAAUAAAGCACAGAGGAAGGAGAGGAUGGGGAAGAAGAUGGGGUAAAUUAGUAAUUUUUUCUUUUUCCGUGCUGGGAGAGUGACGUGGAGGGUGAUGUGGAGGGUGUUAUAAAUCCACGUAAGCAUAUUUUACACAUUGGCAUACCCACGUCAGUUGUUCUAGU